GUGACAUAAGUGUUAUUCUUAAACGUUUUAAACUUUUAUAAGAUCAAAGGUGUUACUUAAAAAAUAAAUAUGUCAGAACUCAAUACAUCGAACACACAAGCACGUAAAUAUAAGAUUCCUGGUCUAAAAGAAUUUCGAAAACAGAAAAAAGAUUCGUCCAAAGAGCUUCACCAAAUUCUGGAUGAAACGGAAUUGCUUCAAAUAUACGAGAUAUUCAACCACGAGGAUGGAAGAAGGAUGAACCAAGAACAACUAAAAGAAGUUUUAGCGAAUGUAGCGAAAGUUGAAUAUGCCGAUGAGGUUUUUGAAAGAGAAUAUUUAAGAAUGAAUUCAUCUUGCGACGGUCUUGUAACCUGGAACGAAUUUAUAUCAUAUCUUAUUUUGGGUUUUGAACAGCAAGAGGUUAGUACAGAAUACAAAACCCUAGCCGCUCCCAUACCUACAGGCCCUACUUUAGUAAAAAGCAAUCAUAGACAUACAAUAAAUAGAAUCACUUUUUAUCCUACAGUGAAGCCCGACCGUAGCAGUACAUGGCAUGACGGAAGCAUCAUUACGUGCAGCCAUGACGGUAUCAUUAAUUAUUGGACACUGGAUAUGACACUAGAAAGAACGGUUCAAUCAACUUGCCCAAAUCUAAAAAUUCAGACUACUUGGGUCACGGAUUUGGCUGUGCUACCAGAUGUCAGCGUCAUUUGUACCUCAUCUAGUGAAAGAGAUUUAAGAUUUUAUGAUACAUCAGCUAGAAAAUUCGAAUUGAGAGUAAUAAUCACGUCUUUCGACCAUGCCGUUACUACCAUGUACUACAAAUUCUACGAGGAUGCGGAUAUGGAGUCGAAACUGAUUUUGGGCGAUAUGGGCGGAGGCGUCAAGAUAUUAUUUAUAAAAACUUUCGCCAGAGGUCCCUUUAAAUCGCAACCCGGCAUUCCCUUGCUUCACAUCAGAUGGGAGAAGGUCUUUAAAGGACAUGUUAACAAUUUUAGAGCGUUGGCAUUUCCUCACUUACAUACAGACUAUGUAAGACAAGUUAAUUUCUACCCUACAUUGAACGCUGUGGUAUCCUGUGCACAAUGUCCAAAGGCCGGGUUGCUUAUGACAAGUAUAUCCGAUAAUAACUCCUCAUACACGUACAAAAUCUUGAGUGGAGUAUGGUGUUUUGCAUUGGAAGAAACUAGUCACAUCGUUGGAACAGGAAGUCCCGAUUGCCUGGUGCGCCUAUGGAAUCCCUUCGUCCCUCGUAGACCUACCUGUACAUUUUACGGCCACCACACCGGAAUUGUCCAAAUGGUGAUCCAGGAUCACGGCAAAAAGCUCUACACUUUAUCCAAAGAUAAGUGCAUCAAAAUUUGGGAUAUAUCCCUUCAAUCAUGUCUCCAGACAUAUUUGGAUUUGCCUCCGGAAAGAGCAGAGUUAACUACUCUGUAUAAUCCGGAAUCCAGACAGUGGAUAAUUGGGAGUACCAUGAUAGCGGUGAUUCCCCUUAGUCCGAAACAAAGUAGCGAGCAUACAGAUGGCAGCACGCAUUCCAGUGGCGUGUCGGUGGUUUUGUAUAAUAAAUUAUUUAAGAUAAUUAUAACUUGUGGGUUGGAUAGUUAUAUUAUCGUGUGGAAUCCAUGGGACGGUCGACGUCUGAUGGUUAUCAAAGAAGGCCAUACUAGGAUGUUGCAUGGCGAGAUAAUGAGCGUCGAAAUUACCGCAGCCACAUUUGAUCCAGGAUAUCAAAGAUUAUUAACUGGGGCUCACGAUGGAACCCUUAAAAUAUGGAAUUUCAAUACUGGAACAUGCCUUAGAAAUAUGAACAUAGAAACUUGGUGCGAGGUUCAAUGUGUGAUAUGGGUGAAAAAUAGAAUAUUAGCCAUGGGAUGGAAUAAAAGAGUGACAGAAUUUGCCGACACAGGAGCGGCCGUGGGCCCUGAAGGAGCUUACAGUAAGAAUUGGGACAUGCGACAUUCGGAAGAUAUUAGCGCUGGAGCCGUCAAAGUGCCUGAAUCAUUAGCUACAAGCUCUUAUGUUGGAGAACUACUUCUAUGGCGUUUGGAAACUGGCCAACCGUAUAAGAAAUUUAUCGUGUCCAAUCCGACCGAGCGUAUUAAGAUCCAUUUUACAGUUGAUAAAGUAAGAGACAAGGCGGAUGUGGCAAAGACUUCUAGACAAUCGAUUAUUGACGCCAAAGGAGCACAAGCGGCUGCAAGGGGUAGUAAGGUACAGAGAACGCCAUUGCUACCUCAACAAGAAAACACUCUAUCUGGUGCCAGGGUUAUGAGUCGAAAAGGUCGACUAUCCACCGUGUCCCUGCCCGAGGAAUGCUUUAGCUUGCGCAAGCUGGCCGUGCACUGUAUGCUGUUCCUGAGCGCGAGAAAAAGCGACCCGCAGGUGGGCACGUUGCUGGUGGCCCUGGAGAACGGGGUUAUCCAGGUGUGGAACCAUCACGUGGCCGGUGGGUUCAUCACUUCUUUCUGGGCGGUGCACAAGGCCGGCGACUACAUCAUUUCGAUGACCAGCGACGACAAUAACGAGUUUCUCUUUCUAGGAACGACAGCUGGCUAUAUAAAAACGUGGCUCCUAAAAAAUUACUGCGUGUUACCAGAAGACAUGGAGCAUAUUUGUAUGCCGAAGUACAGACUUAUGUUUCCUUUCAUGUGGGGAGAUAGAUUUGUAGGUCGAGCUCGAAGAAUGAUAGCAAAUCAACCAUUUCCAAUACUGCUCAGUAGCUAUAAAGGUCAUUUUAUGCCCGUCUCUGGUUUGACAUAUAUUGAAGACUGCCAAAUCCUGAUAAGUUGUAGUGCAGAUUUUAGUGCUAGAAUGUGGACAUUAGGUGGCAGAUAUCUCCAAACGAUCGGAACUUUCAAGAAAUGGAAGCUAAUUAAUCCUGAAACUAAAAUUCCCGAUGACUUUGAGUAUUCUAUUCCACCAGACAUAAAGAGAGUUGGAAGUUCGACAACUUUAAGGGUGCUGUGUGGAGGAUCAUUCCCCAAGAGACUCACGAUCAAGCAAUUGCAAAAACAAGCACAGAAGGAUCUUAUCCACAUCGACCACAAUAAAAUCUAUGGAACUCGACUUAGAGAUCCAAUCCUUGGUCAUCAUUAUCAUAUCCCAGAAAGGACUACUAAGCCUAAGGAGAUUAAAUUUGAUACAAGCUUUCGUUAUAUUCCCGUCUAUCAGCAUUUGGUUAUGCCCCAGCCGAAUCCCAUCCAAGUACCGGACAUUCCCGAAAAUAUUAACACUACCGUAUGUGUGGAAGAUGAAGAAAUAUAACCAACAAAACCAAUUAUAUUUAAUAUUUAUUUACAUAAUAUAAUAUAUUUAUUAUUUAUACAAUAAAUA